GAUCAUCAUCGUCUCCAUUCCCAUCGCUCACUCCCACAGCCCGCCCGCCAGCAUCCCAUUUCAUGGCGGCUCCGAAUAGGCCGCACGCCUAUGAACCGCCGCCCGGCUACGACGAUGACUUCGACACGCCCACCAAUGCAUCCACAAUGCGACUCCUCACGAGCCCCGAAGAGAGUGCACAUGCAGCGUCAGUAUCACCUUCGCGAGAGGCCGCCAACCACCACAGCAACAACAACAACAACAGAGCCUCGCCCCAUGAUUUGUUUCUGCGAGCUCAAGAUCGAUUGAACAGUCGCAACCACCAGAGAGCGGACAACAGUAGCCAAGAUGCCCCACUCCCCUCCGCCACCACGCACUCGCAUUAUGCCAGAUCGCAAGCUCCUCCAGGCGAAGAGCUCAAUUCCCUGUUGCGUGAGGUCGAGAGUGACUUGUCCCAGUCAAGCGCUGCUCGUUCAUCCGCAACAUCCUCAUCAGCAGCACCUCCCCGCACAAAGCGAUACAAAGUGCGCUUCAAUCAGCACCAGCGGCACGAUGUGGACGACCAGCAACCAGAAGAGGAAGACAUUGGCUCAUACAAUCUUUACAGCAGCAGGCCCGACAGUCCGACAAGAAGCUACCGGCCACCGAGUCCCACGCGAUCAUAUGCCCCGACCUCCACAUUAGGCACACAACCUUCUUUCUCAAGACUCUCGAGACAACCAUCUGUGCUCGAUAGUGCGCCCGAUAUGGCGCCACCAGUGGAUGCCUACGAUCCCUAUCGACCCUCCAGUUCGAGACAAUCAGACAGUCCUACAAAGGCUUUCACUCCGAGAGGAAGUCGAGAGUACCCAAGACCGCCGGCAUCGAACGUACCAUACGAGCCAGCAGACAUCAAUGGUGUGCCGCGGCCUGGAACGCCAUCGUCGGCCUACGGAGGAUCGCCUAGGAGGCCUCUUCCACCACAACCGCUCUUUGCUGGCGGAAGACCGCCUUCAAUGAUCAGUAUGGAGGAGCCGCAAGAGCCAGGCAUAACGGCCAUACCAAUCGAUGAUGAUGAUGAUACUGCGGAUCCCUUUGGCCCGGCUGCUGGUGACGGUGACUUGCAGCGCCCUCGACCGGUUUCGCGGAACACUUUUCAGUCAGAGUCGACUGUGACAGAUGACAAGGAAUUCGACAACAAGGAUCCAGAGGACGAUCUAUGUGGUCCUGCUCCUGACGGCGUGCAUCGAAGACGGGGAGCUCGCCCAGCACAGAUGACCAGGAAGGAAGUCAAACUGAUCAAUGGCGAACUGAUCCUGGAGUGCAAGAUCCCGACCAUCCUGUACUCAUUUCUCCCCAGGCGCGACGACGUCGAAUUCACGCACAUGCGGUACACUGCUGUGACCUGUGACCCGAAUGACUUUGUGGAUCGAGGUUACAAGCUGCGCCAGAACAUCGGAUCCACGUCCCGAGAGACAGAGCUCUUGAUCUGUAUCACCAUGUACAAUGAAAACGAGAUCGACUUCACGCGAACGAUGCACGGUGUCAUGCGCAAUCUGUCACACUUCUGCAGUCGUGCGAAGUCGAGAACAUGGGGGAAAGAUGGUUGGCAAAAGAUCGUUGUCUGCAUCAUCUCGGAUGGUCGCUCAAAGGUGCAUCCCCGAACGCUUGAUGCGCUGGCGGCGAUGGGCUGCUACCAGUCGGGCAUUGCAAAAAAUUUGGUCAAUCAGCGCGAAGUCACUGCGCAUGUGUACGAGUACACAACACAAGUCUCCCUGGAUUCAGACCUGAAGUUCAAAGGUGCUGAGAAAGGUAUUGUGCCCUGUCAGGUCAUCUUCUGCCUGAAGGAGAAGAAUUCGAAGAAGCUCAAUAGUCAUCGAUGGUUCUUCAAUGCUUUUGGACGUGCACUCAACCCCAACGUGUGCAUCUUGCUCGACGUCGGCACCAGACCAGGCGACGACUCCCUCUACCACUUAUGGAAAGCCUUCGACCGUGACUCCAAUGUGGCUGGUGCAGCUGGCGAAAUCAAGGCUGCAAAGGGCCGGUACCUCAAGGCUCUCAUCAACCCGUUGGUUGCCUCGCAAAACUUCGAGUACAAGAUGUCCAACAUAUUGGACAAGCCCCUCGAAUCCGUGUUUGGUUACAUUACAGUCCUGCCUGGAGCUUUGAGUGCGUACCGCUAUCAUGCGCUCCAAAAUGACGAGACGGGGCAUGGUCCGCUCAGUCAAUACUUCAAGGGUGAGACACUGCAUGGACAGGAUGCAGACGUAUUCACAGCCAACAUGUAUCUUGCCGAAGAUCGCAUCCUUUGUUGGGAGCUGGUUGCAAAGCGUAACGACAGAUGGGUCCUCAAGUACGUUCGCAAGGCGACAGGAGAAACCGAUGUUCCCGAUGCAGUGCCCGAGUUCAUCUCACAACGUCGUCGAUGGCUGAACGGAGCUUUCUUCGCAGCUGUGUACUCGUUGCUGCACUUCAAGCAGAUCUGGAAGACAGACCACACCAUCACCAGGAAAAUUCUGCUGCACGUGGAAUUUAUAUAUCAGUUCGUGCAGCUGCUCUUCACCUUCUUCUCUCUGGGAAACUUCUACCUGACCUUCUACUUCAUUGCCGGAUCGCUCGCGGACAAGAAAGUGGACCCCUUUGGCCACGGCAUUGGCAACUUCAUCUUCAUUGUGCUGAGAUACAUCUGUGUCUUGACCAUCAUGGUGCAAUUCAUUCUCUCGAUGGGCAACCGACCGCAGGGUGCGGUGAAGAUGUUCAUGGCCUCCCUGAUCAUCUUCUCCAUCAUCAUGGUAUACAAUACCUUUGCCGCGAUCUACAUUGUUGUUCGUCAGCUCACGAAUGGUUCGGAAAUUGGAUUUGGAAACAAUGUCUUCACCAAUCUCGUCGUCAGCACGCUAUCUACGGUGGGACUCUACUUCUUCAUGAGCUUCAUGUACAUGGACCCAUGGCACAUGUUCACGUCCUCGGCACAAUAUUUCGCCCUUUUACCAUCGUACAUUGCCACACUACAAGUCUACGCUUUCUGCAAUGCACACGACGUGACGUGGGGCACGAAGGGAGACAACGUGCUGAAGAAAGAUCUGGGUGUUGCGACUGCCAACAAGAAUGGCACAGUCGAGCUGGAGAUGCCAUCGGAGCAACUGGAUAUUGAUUCCGGAUAUGAUGAAGCACUCCGGAAUUUGAGAGACAGAGUGGAAGUCCCCACGCCGGGGAUCUCCGAGAGUCAAAUGCAAGAGGACUACUAUCGGGCCGUGAGAACAUAUGUGGUCAUUAUCUGGAUGGCGUGCAAUGCCGUUCUUGCGAUGGCGAUCACGGAGAUUUACAGCAACACCGAUGUGGGACAAAACUACUACCUGAAGUUCAUCUUGUGGUCCGUGGCAUGUCUCGCGUUGUUUCGAGCCCUUGGAUCGACGGCCUUCUUGAUCAUCAGUGGUGUGCACUCGAUUGCGGACGGCAAGCUCAAAUGGUCGAACAAAAGUGGUAGCAGUACGAGCAAGUCUGUACGGUCAGGGGGAAGUUGGACCAGCAAAGUCAGCAUGCCGAGUUGGAUGUCGAGCACAGGCAGCUGGAUGAGUAGCAAGGCGAGCAGCUGGACUCCGAGCAGUAUUGGAAGCACGCUUGGACGAUAGAUGGUCCAAAAAAACGUGCUUCACUCUGUCUCUGUCUUGGUUUUGGGUUUGUAUGUUUUUUUCAGCCAGCGGUGUGCAGACAAAGAGCGAAAAACCAAACGGGGGCGCCAGAGACGUCCAUGUGUUUGUGUGAGUGUGAGUUUUGGCGAGUUCGACCAGUGACGACUUGAUUCGAGAGCAAUGAAAGCAUUCUCUGACGUGUUGCAUGAUGAUGACGAAGGGAGGAGGAAUAAGCAGAAGAAAAUUCAAAGGAAUUUUUGUAAUAACGAUACGAAUCGAUAAUGAAAGAGAGGC